AUGUCGUGCCGAAGUUACACUCUUUGCCGAAGUUGUAACUUCGGCAAUAUAACGUUUGUCGAAGUUGUUCAUGUUCAUCAUGGUAAAACAACAUUAGCUGAUGAUUUACUUGCUUCAAAUGGAAUUAUUUCGACACGUUUGACCGGUAAGGUAAAUAAUAAAAAAUAUUUAAUCAAUCUUAUUGAUACUCCGGGACAUGUAGAUUUUUCAUCGGAAAUUUCUACUGUAGUUCAACUUUGUGAUGGUGCAAUAAUUCUUGUCGAUGUUGUCGAAGGACUUCGUUCCCAAACUUUAGCAACUCUUCGACAAGCUUGGCUUGAACAUCUACGUAUUAUUCUUGUUUUUAAUAAAAUUGAUCGUUUAUUUGUUGAACAUAAAUGGAGUUCACAUCAAGCUUAUGGGCGUAUUCAUGGUGUUCUUAAACAUAUAAAUGAUGUUGUUGCAAAACAAUUUACAUCAUUAUUAUUAGAAAAAAGUGCUGAACAAGAAGUUAUGGAAAAGGUUGAUAUUAAUUCUUUAAUCGAAAAUAAUUUUCAUUUUUAUGAAUAA